GUGUGUUGCGUCAGAUCCCACGCUGCUCCCCGCUCACGCAAAGAGAAUUAAACAAAAACAAAUUCAAUUAUGCUGAAAUUCGUGUGCCUGUUCGCGCUGCUUGCCUCAGCGGCAGCAGCAGCCUCUGAGGCUGACAGCCUGUUGACGAGUGCCCUUCGCAUGGUCAAGGACUGCGGCGAGCGCUCCAUGGUGCUGUGCAUGAAGGAGCGCGCCUUGCACUACUUUGACUCGGAGAACGGAGAUGUGAAGCUGACGGAGGGCAUUUCCCUGGUCAAGACCGAUGAUAUACCCGUGGGACGUUCCCUGAACGAUGUGGCCCUGCCCGAGGAGGCGGAGGCACGCGAGAGUGAGGUCGACUCGCUGCUGGUGGAGCGUGUCGCACGCUUCUUCGGCACACACACGCUGCAGUUCAAGGUGCCCAAGGACUCCAUACAGGAUAUGCAGCGCGCUCUCGAAGAAUCACGCGGCAAGAAGAAGGAGAAGAAGAAGUAUCUGAUGCCGCUGCUGAUGCUCUUCAAGCUGAAGAUGGCCGCGCUGCUGCCCCUGGCCAUUGGCUUCCUGGCGCUCAUCUCGUUCAAGGCUCUGGUCAUUGGCAAGAUUGCGCUGCUGCUCUCUGGCAUCAUCGGUCUGAAGAAGCUGCUCGAGUCGAAGAAGGAGAACUACGAGGUGGUUGCGCACCCGCACUAUGAGCACGAGCACAGCUACGGCCGGUCGCUGCACAACAAUGCUGAGGCACAGAACCUGGCCUACGCGGCGUAUCAGCAAUAGAUGCUGAGGUCACAGCAUCAGAGCAACAACAAUUAGUGCAAUACACACAAAAGAAGAUGAUGAAGAGGAAAACUCAUGAAAGUGAAGGAAAUGCAAAGGAAAUGAGCACAGAGCUCUCGCAGCUCGUUUAAUUUAUUUUAUUUAUUUAAUUUAUUUCUAGCUUAACUCAAGCRAAAGGCGCCAUCAGCAGCA